GCAGUUGCAGUGGUGCAGAAUGGCUGACCUCAGUCUUGCAGAUGCAUUAACAGAACCACCUCCAGAAAUCGAGGGAGAGAUUAAACGGGACUUUAUCGCCACCCUGGAGGCAGAGGCCUAUGAUGAUGUCGUGGGAGAAACUGUUGGAAAAACAGACUACAUUCCUCUCCUGGAUGUUGAUGAGAAAACUGGGAAUUCGGAGUCAAAGAAGAAGCCAUGCCCAGAUACUAGCCAGGUUGAAGGUGCUCCAUCUCCUAGAGCAGCAGUGCUGGCCAACGGCGACCACGGGACGCAAGGGAAUGACACUGCAGGGUCUCCAACUGCAUUUCUUGAAGAGAAAAUGGCCUUCCAGGGGUAUCAGAACAACCAGAACUGGCCAGAAAACACAAACUUUUACUUUGAACCCGAGCAAGUGGUGAAUCCUAUCCAGACUGAUCCCUACAAGCUGCACUGCGGAGACGGCCUGGACGACCUGCUCUUCUUUCCCAGCGGAGCUCACAGCGCUCCCGCACUGACGCGGCAGAGGGACCCUCUGAGAGACAGCUACGGUCACCUUCCUUGCGACACAUUGACUCCUGAAGCAGUGGUACCUCAGGGCUGGCCUGUGGAAGCCCCGAACUCCCCCCAGGCGGGGGUCUUCAUUUCCCCAGAGGCCACACCACCUCUGCAACCCACAGCAGUGCCAGCCGGGGAGAGAGAAAUGGCAUCAGAAGAGAGGACAUCGACCAAAGCAUCGGAAACGAUGAUGGGACUGAAGGCUGCUGACAUGGCACCAUCUAGAGAAACAGAGAUGGCCCUGGCUCAGGACAUGGUGCCAGUCACAGAAACAGAGGUGGCACUGGCCACAAACGUGGCAUCACCUACCAAAGAAGAUGUGUCAUUUGCCAAGAACAUGGACUCACCCAUUGAGUCAGAUGUGUCUGCAGUCACGGACGUGGUACUGCCUAUAGAAGCAAAGGAAACCCCAGCCAAGGGUGCAGUGCUCUUCAGAGACACAGAGAGGGCACCACCCAUGGAAAUGGACGCGGCUCCAGCUGCAGGCGUGGUGUCACUCACAGAAAGGGAGAUGGCAUUGGCUAAGGACAUUGCAUCACCCACAGCCAAGGAGUUGGCCUUGUCCUCGGGAACAGAGGUGGCCCCAGGCAAGGACAUGGCUCCGCCCCCAGAAACAGAGGUGGCCCCGGUCAAGAUCAUGGCUCCGCCCCCGGAAACAGAGGUGGCCCCGGUCAAGGACAUGGCUCCGCCUCCGGAAACAGAGGUGGCCCCAGGCAAGGACAUGGCUCCGCCCCCAGAAACAGAGGUGGCCCCGGUCAAGAUCAUGGCUCUGCCCCCGGAAACAGAGGUGGCCCCGGUCAAGAUCAUGGCUCCGCCCCCGGAAACAGAGGUGGCCCCGGUCAAGGAUAUGGCUCCGCCCCCAGAAACAGAGGUGGCCCCGGUCAAGGACAUGGCUCCGCCCCCAGAAACAGAGGUGGCCCCGGGCAAGGAUGUGCCUCUGCUUCCAGAACCAGAGCCAUCCCUGGCUAAGGAUGUUGCACCACCUUCAGAAACAGAGGUGGCCCCAGUUCCGGCGAAGGACAUGGGAACUGUACGGACACCAGGAAAGCCAAGUGAGGGCCCCCAGUUCGCAUCUCUCCGGAACGAGGGGCCUUCAGCUGUGCCUGCUGCCACGGCUUCCCCAGAGCCAGUCACAGCCGUGGGCCAAACGUCCGCCUUGCCACCAGAUGAGGCAUCUGUGCCAGAGAAACUAGAGCAAAGGCAGCCGCUCAGCCGUCAGCCUCCGGAGCCGCCUGCAGCGCCCUCAGGUACCCUUCCCACACCAGCCAAACAAGUGUGCAGACCCAGGGACCGCAGGGCCGCCCGGCCCCGGCCCGCCAGGGUCCCUCCUGAGCUGCUGGGAGGCUCUUCACGGAAGACUCUCGAUCCCGGGCUGGGCCCCUGCUCCGUGCCGGAGCCGGGCUGGGUCUCGGGCUCAUUUCCCUGUGGUGAGCCGGGGAGCCAAAGGAAAACCACUCCUGCUGCCUUCCCUGAGACACAGAGGGAGCCUGGCAGGGAGGCCUGGGAGGCAGAGAGCAUAGCGAUGAUGAAGAAGAAAAAGAAGAGACCAAAGCAAAAGCGGUGCUCCCCACCCCGGGGCGGGGGGCCCUGGGGUGACGACAGUGCACGGGGGGCUGACGGCCGUCCUGUGGCAGCUGACCCACAGAAACCAGGUGUCCACCCCAGCCAGCCUGCCACUGUGGGCGGACAGCAUGGACCGGCCUCCAGGGAAAGCCCGGAAGAGGAUGGUGGAGUUGACACUGGGACAGCCAAACCGGCCGCCGAGAGCUUGGUCUCAGAAAGCCCCAGGGUUCCUUCCUGUCCUUGGGAAGAACCCCCUAAAGCCGCAGUGAAUUCUCAGCUCAAGCUGAGCAGAGAGGCAGAGGUCAAAGGUAACAAGUCAGAACCACAGAGCCAAGACAGGAAAUCUCUGCAGCAGGGUGGGUACAAACCACAGACUGCUCCCCACCUGGCGACCCCUCUCAGACCAGAGGGGUCCCUGCCGGAAGUUUCUGCACACAAAAUAGAAGCUCCCUGGGAGGUCAGAGCCCAGGAGGGUUGCUUUCCUGUCUCGGACCAAGAGGCUCCGGGGCCAGUUGUAAAACCCACAGCAGCAAAAGAGCUGCCUAAUCCGACACGCACUUUGACAGCAAAUAAUCCACUGGAAAGCAGCCUGAAAGAAGGGAGUGACGGAAGAGCAGUGCCCGCGCUGCAGACUGACAAACAGGAAGAGUUCUCUGAAGCAGCUGAGGAUGUUAAGGAACUUCACAAGGAAGUGUUUCCCACGCAAGGACAAGAGAUGAGCAUCUUAGCUUCGGAGCAGCUGCCACGGGGCAAGAUUCAGGUUCCUGGGCCCGGGAAUGAACCACCUAAGAGAACAGCAGGUGAUGGCAAGAGCAGGAAGGGAAGGGGGAGUUCUGGGAAAGUGAGAGCGAGUUCUGGGAAGGCAAAAGCAAGGGCUGAGCUGCCAGUCCUUCCCGACAGCCAGGGAGAGGGCAGAGCUGCCCGGGGGCCAAGUGCGCCAGCCCCUGAAGCAGAAAGAGCGCUUGCUGGGGAUGGGAGGGAGGAGCCGAGGCUGGAUUCUUCCCAGCAGCUGGGGGUCAGGGCUGCUCUCCCUGAGGCAGGGCUCGUGGGGGGGCCUAAGGAGACUGGCCCCAGUGUGGCCAGCACCUUGCAGAUGUUGACUCCUUUGGAAACUAGGUCAGGUAUGACUCAGACGCCCAGCACCACAGCAGACAGAGGAGCUGUGGCCAUAGAUCUGGAUGCCAGUAACCAGAGCAAAGAAGGAAAGUGUCCGUGGAUGGAUCGCGAGGCAGCUCCCAGGGUUUCUGAAAAGCCUAGAAAAAGGAGCAGUGAAGGCAAAAAUAAAAAGUUUAAAAAUAAUUACUCUGCACAGCUUGCUAGGGUGGAGAGCAAGGAAGAAGUCCUCAGCCCACCUUCCAUAGGGAAGGAUGGAGGUGCUGGCACUCCCCAUCAAAACAAAGACUUAGGACUCCCUUUCCCCAUCAGCCACGAGCCUUUGUUCUCACCGACAUCAAAUACACCCCCAGUGGAGGUGGUUGACGAAAAGGCUAGAAAUAUUGAGGUUAAUUCUUUUGAGCUCGGGGCUCUGGGUGGGAACAAAACAAGUACAGCCAAGGACGCUGCUGUUAUUGAAGUAGCUACCCAGGUGAUGGCUGUGAGCUGCCAAGACCAAAGCCAGGGGGCGGGACUUGUCCCUUCAGUCCCGCCCGCAGAGCGUAAGACAGAUGCAGCCCAGGGGCCCACUGCAGCGAGGGACAGCCCGAGCAAAAGGAGUAAUGACGGGAAAAGCAAGAAGGUGAAAAAUAGCUUUUCUGAGAAGCACAUUUUGGGGAAUAAGACAGAUGCAACAGAAAGACUUGUUCCCAUGGAAGCCACAGGAGACCACAGAAUUGAAGGAAUGGGCUAUGUGGAUGAAAACAGAAACAUUACAUUUACCUGCCCCCAAACACCAUCUGAGGCCAUGAGUACGCCAGCCCCUCCAGAGGCUCUGCAUUCAGCAGCCUGUGAAAAGCUGCCCACUCCUAGUCCUCAAUUAGUAAAGGGAGGUGAAGCCUUUACAGGCACCUUGGCAGAAAGUAGGCAAGGGACAGCUCUGGCCCAGAUCUCCGAAUGGUCAGUGGUGGGUCAUUGCAGCAAAGAUGGCGUCCCAGAGCAGGAAAGAGCCACAGCCGCCUCUGCUGCCAGGCCCUGUGCAAGCCCAGAAGGAGGUGCCCUGACCCUCCCAGCAGCCACAGAAACAGGGCAGCGCCCUGGGGACCGCUGUCCUGAGCAUAAAGAGCAGCUUGCUGAGCCCAUGGAGAACAAAGCAGGGGUAGACGGAGGGCAUGCAGGGGGAGAAUCUGAGUCCGUGCCCAGGGGGGCAUCUAAGCGUCCAGCAGAGGAAAUCACAGAACCAGGCAAGGGCCCCCGUCCUGCAGUGCCCACAGCAGACCAGAGCCCACCACCUGAGCGCGGAGGCCCCGGGGUGCGAGCCGGUGGGAGUCCUGUCCCAGCAUCUCCAGUGAACAGAGAGGGAGAGGCUGGGGAGGGUUCUGCUUCCUGUCAUACUGCCGACUUCCCGGGAGACAGACCACAAAAGCCCCUUUGCUAUGAGGACCAACAUGCUGAAGGCAGAGAGUCCAGGGGCCCCACUAGUUUGAAUAAGGAGAUGGAGAUGACUCUUUCGACUCCAAAAAGUGAAAAGGAUAAAUGGGAAGGAAGUAGCCUGGCUCCUAAAAUCACAGAAUCAGCAGAUGCUCCCUUGCCAGCACCAGAACUCCAGUCGGAUUUCUUCGAUGGCCAGCUUGGCGCCGCCCCCUCGAGUGCGGUAGAGAAGUUAGUAGUGACUGCCUGCCAGGGGCUUCAGCUCCCAGAACCCAAAGAUAAGGUCUCGGAGGCACCUGAGAAAAUGACAGAAAAAUCUGAACCGAAGGCUCUGGGCGAAGGGAAGAAGGAAGAAAAAAGAGUGGCAGAGCCAAUGAAAGGCUACAUGAGACCCACCAAGUCCCGAGGACUUGCUCCACUUCCGCCAAAGUCUGCUGCAGUCCAGGAGCGCGAGAGACCCAAGCACGCCACGCCCAGCGGAACAGCCAAGCCAGAAGGGCCAGCUGCUGCCAGCGUGACCGGAAAUGACAUCACUGCCCCUCCAAACAAGGAGCUCCCACCAAGCCCCGAGAAGAAAGCCAAGGUAGUUGCCGGAAUGCCUUUGGCCACAACUCAUCCUGCAAAGACUUCAGCAUCGAAAGCCAAAACACAGUCCACUUCUCUCCCUAAGCAACCAGCGCCCACCUCCUGCGGUGGGCCGCCUAAAAAGCCCAUGAGCCCCGCCUCGGGCUCCGGGCCCGCGGCCCCCCCCAAACGCCCCGCAGCCCCCACCGCCAGGCCAGCCGCCUCCCCUGCCAAGGACACCAGGCCCAAGCCUGUUGCAGAGACAAAGGUUCCCGAGAAGAAGGCCACGCCGUCCAAGCCAGCCUCUGCCCCGGCCUCCAGGCCCAGCUCCAGGAGCACCCAGGCCGCUCCAAAGGCCCCCGCGGCCGCCUCUGUUGCCUCGACUGGGCCGAGCAGCAGGAGCGCCCCCACGCCCCUGCCCAGGAGGCCUGCUGGCACCAAGACGGAGGGAAAGCCUGCAGACGCCAAGAAGACAGUUACGAAGUCUGCACCAGCUGACUUGAGUCGCGCAAAGAGCACCUCCAGCAGUACCGCGAGGAAGACCGCCGCUGGCCCUGGGCCGGGCUCGCCAGCCGGUGCGGCUCCCAGUCGCGUCAAGCCCACCCCCGUGUCUCCCCGGGCCUCUGGGACUCUUGCCGUGGACAAGAAGCCCACGUCGGCCAGGCCCAGCUCCUUGGCCCCCAGACUGAGCCGCCCGGCGACCAGCGCUUCCACACCUGAUCUGAAGAACGUCCGCGCCAAGGUCGGCUCCACGGAGAACAUCAGGCACCAGCCUGGAGGAGGCCGGGCCAAAGUAGAGGAAAGAACAGAGGCAGCAGCUGCAGCUCGAAAACCUGCCCCUCCCGCGGCCACUAAGCCUGCUGGGCCGGGUGCGAGUGCACAGAGGGCACCUGCGGGGAAAGUCCAGAUAGUCUCCAAAAAACUGAACUACAGCCAUGUUCAGUCCAAGUGUGGUUCCAAGGACAAUAUUAAGCAUGUCCCUGGAGGCGGUAAUGUUCAGAUUCAGAGCAAGAAGGUGGACAUCUCCAAGGUCUCCUCCAAGUGUGGGUCCAAGGCCAACAUCAAGCACAAGCCGGGUGGCGGGGAUGUCAAGAUCGAAAGUCAGAAGCUGAACUUCAAGGAGAAGGCCCAGGCCAAGGUGGGGUCCCUGGAGAACGUGGGCCACCUGCCCGCAGGCGGGGCCGUGAAGAUUGAGACCUACAGGCUGACGUUCCGGGCAAACGCCAGGGCCCGCACCGACCACGGGGCCAGCAUUGUCUCUCGCCCCCCCCACUUCCUGGGUGGCCCCAACUCAGGCACCCGGGCCUUUGGCUCCCUCCCCUGGGCUGCCCACUAGACCUGACUCCUGGGUGCAGGGCAGCCCUCUUGGCGCCCUCUCCCCCCCGCUUGCCUAGGGCAGCAGCAGUGCCCCCCGACCCACCCCAGCCCCUGCCUCAGGCCCAGCUCCUUGCUCUGCUCCUGGCUCAUCCUCUCAUCACGCUCCAAGGGGGAAGCUGGGAGAAGCGGGGCGGGGGGAGGCUCACAUGGGAUCUGAGGCAGGAACCCGAUUCCAACCUCCUCAUUUGGGUUUUUUGGACCAAACCCAAGAAAAACGGACACACCCUCCCUCCUUGCUGGGUCCACCUGGAGGGAAGAGGGGGUGUCCACAUGAUGGACGCCCAGCCCCGAGUGUCCCCUGGAGCUCGCUAAGCCACUGCCUCCCCCUUUGCCCCCACUGAUGCCACCGCAGGGGGUGCCAGACCCCUCUUGCUGCCCCUCCUCAGUGAGGGCCAGGCUGCCUGUCCCCGCUGCCUCCCAGGCCUCUCUAGCGGCUGUCAUACUUUUUUUUUCCCUUGUUUUAUCCCUUUUUUAAAAACCUAAAAACUGGUGGAGUAGUUGUGCAGGUUGAAGUCACGUCUAAAGGAAAGUCUUCAGCAGGUGUUUUUAAAGGAAACGGAGGGGAGAUCCCGAGACCCCACAGCCAGGAGGUCGGGCGGGGGCCUGGCAGCUGGGGCCGAGGCGGUGUGGGCAGGGCAGGGGCGUGGGGUGAGCAGGGAGAGCCGAGGGGCUGCGAGUGUGGACGGGGGCCUCUGGCGUUCGGCAUGGAUGCUGCUUCGCUUCUCUAACCGAAGCUACAGUUGGCACGUCGGUCUCAUGCCGGGGAUCUGGUGGGAGACAGGUCAGUGCUGGGAAGGGCCCUGCAGGCCUAGGACACUCGAGCCUUGGCCCCCAGGGAGCCCGAGGGAUCCAAAACCGUGUGGGUGUUUGGGGAAUUAGGUCCAGGAAUUUAAAAAUAAAGGCAUGAGACUGAGGCCACCCCACGUCCCUGUGGCCUGACGAGGAGGGAGCGAGGCGAGGCCAGCCUGCGAGGGGUCCCAGCUGGGCCGCGAAGGCUGCCGAGGAGAAUCCUGGGAAUCACUGACACGAAGAUUCUGACUGCACUUGUAUUUUUUGUAUUAAAGUUUGCAUGGUUUCUAAUAAAGGAUUAAACCUG